AUGUUCAGUAGCAAGCAAUGGACAAUAAUGAUACAGGUAUCAGCGAGCGCGUGUUUUGUGAUCCCUGUUCGCUAUGUCUUCAAAGAGAACUUUGCAAGCUUCCCGCCAGAGCUUUCUGAUGGCGAACGUUUCAAAUUUGUCUUUCGCUGUCUGGCCUUCUCCUCCCUGCCUCUCUUUGCCGCCGUGAGAAAAGUCGCCAGUGUCAGAUUCUCUAACAUGGAGACCCUUGGUGCGGAUCCCAUAGCUCCUGUAGCGCCCUCUCAGAAGGCUUUCAAGAUUGCCGAGAGGGUUCUGCAGAACACCCUUGAACAGACCCUGCUGCAUGUAAUGACGAUCUUGGCACUCGCUUCGAGCAUCGAAGUGGACCAGCUCUAUAUCAUUCCGUGCAUGGUUCUGCUCUUUUGCAUCGGUCGUUUUGUCUACUACGUUGGGUACAGCUACGAUCCGUUGUACCGGGGUUUUGGAUUCGGGACAACCUGGUUACCUACGUUGAUUGGUUUUUCCUACGGUCUCUUCAUCAUAGCCUCACGUGCACUCUUCGGAUAA